CGUCCCGGGCUGAACGGUGAUCGAAUUCCACUCGGGAAAACGCUCCGGAUGGGUUUAUUAGCGGCUCCAGCUCCGUGCUGUUGGACAGCACCUGGGGGCUUCAGGAGCUCCUUCCGAAGGAAGCCUUCGCUGAAGAAAGCACAAAACAGCAAGAAAAAACUGCCCAGCUUUUUUGGUCUAGAAGGAGGGCAGGAGAGAGACACGACCACGGACAAAAUCCUGCAGUAUAUUCCAGCAAAGAUUAUCCCAAACCCGGAAAACCAGAAAGAAAACUUGGACCAGAGGUUCCCCAGCCUGUUCAAGAAGGGACGAAGGAAAACGACUGUCAGGAAUCUGGGAAAAAUCAUCUAUUACUCCAAGGUCAAGUUAAGGUUCCAGCACUGCCAGGAGGUCAAUGACUGCUUCUUGGAGCUGUUCCAGUCCUACCUGUACUUCCAGUCCGUGGGCUCCAAUGGACUCACCCACCAGGAGCUGCUGCCUCUGAAGGAGCUGAAUGUCUGUGAGAUUGAGGCUGGGAAGGGCCCCGGGCAGCAGGAUUGCCACGCUUUCCUCAUUGCAGGUCCUCGGCUCAAUCCCCUUGCUGUGUUCUGCCCCUCUGAGUCAGAGCUGAAGCAGUGGCUUUAUCACCUGGAGAAGCAGAUCCAGCUGAAUGGAGGAAGCCUUGCCUUGCCCUUCCUCCCUCAGAACGGCUGGAAGCAGAGCUCCGUGGGGAAGGAGGAGCUGCGGUGGUGCAUGCAGCACAUGCCUAUCCAGGGCUGGAGUGGGACUCAGAGGGAAUCCCUGGGCCGUGUCCUCUGUGCCUCUGAAGUGAAGCUUCAGCAUCUGCCAUUCCAGGAGCAGAAUGACCGGCUGUUGGUGCUUUAUGCCUCCACACUGGUGAUAGUUUCUGAAGAGCAGAAUGGCUUCUGUUUUAAGGGCGAGCUGCCACUCAACGCCAUCCAGGUGCUUUUUGAAGAGAACGAGAAAAGCUCCUUUUUAAUCGAAGGCCGGCUGAUCAAUUCGAUCCGGGUGACCUGCCGCAGUUACGAGGAUUACCAGGAGUGGCUCUACUGCCUCAACACGGCCCAGUUUCGAAACGCCGACUCCUCCCUCUCCGGAUCCGAGAGUUUCUCAGGAUCAAAGCCGCCACACCCCAGCCAGUUCACCAGCAGCGGGAGGGGGUCCCUCACCUCCGACGGCCGCACGAAUUCCUGGGCGUCCGGAGGGAGAGUGACCACCGUGACCCACCUGUCCCAGACCAGCGGCUCCCUGCCCGACGGACACUCCUUCCUGCUGAUGCCUGAGGGCAGGCUGCUCGAAGAUGCCCUCUCCUCUGGCUAUUCCCAGCCUCUCCAUUGCCUGGCACAAGCCAACUGGCCAAGCACAGGGCUGCCCACACAGGACCUGCGGAGAGGGGGCAGCGCCAGGAAAUCCAAGGGCAAAUGCGGGCCGUGCAUCCAGCAGCUGCCCAGCCAGGACUCGGAGAGGAGCAUCUGCAGCCUCAUUCCCGAAAAUCCCAACGGCGAAAUCCCGUCCCCGGAGUACAACGAGCCGUACUCGGCACACGGCUCACAGCAUCACCCCCCAGCUCCCCCGUCACACCUCAGCAGUUUCCUGCAGUGCCACAGGCAGACGGGUCCAGCUCAGGCAAACGGGUGCCCAGCAAUCCCUGUGCCCCAGCAGCACCUCUCUCUGGAGAAAUGGAACUGCCAGCCCCUGCCCAGUGGCCACUGCAGAGAGGUGCCCACAGCUCCCAUUUACAGCACCCCUGGCACCUCCCACCGGCUCCAGCUGCGGGCACAGGCUGAAGCUUCUUAUCUUGAGGAGAUCUCUUCUCUGCCAGAGGAACAUCUGGGCCCUUCAUUGCACCCACCAGGUGGGAAUGUCGGCACCUACGACCUGCCAGAUUCCAGCUGCCGGCACCGCGACUCCGCCGCCUUCCACGACUACGCCGAGCUCCAGAGCUUCCACAGUGACUUCAGCUAUGACAACCUGUGGGAAGCUGAGGAGAAGGAGCCAGGCACCCCACACACCUCCCCAUCUCCAGUCCAGCAGAUUUACCAGGUCUAAGGGAUGGUCUCCACAGCCAGGCACAGAAAGCCCCCCCAUCCCGGGCUCUUUUCUCGCUGGGCUUCCCUCCAGGAUGAGGAACCCAGGGCACACAAAGCAAAGGGAAGAGCCCUGCCCUGCAAAAGGCUGCUUCCCAUAUCCUGGCAGGCCUGGGCUUCAAAUUUCUCCCCUAAAUCUGGGGAUGGGGGCAAAGCACAGCAGCAACAGCCCCUGUGGACACGGAGGCGCAGCGUGUGUGCCGUGCCAAGGAGAGUGCUCAGGGAGCCCUGGCUGGGGAACAGCUCUGUCCCCUAAAAUGAA